AUGGGGUUUAUCAACGCUCCUGCAGUGUUUAUGGAUUAUAUGAACAGAGUGUUCCGUUGGUUUUUGGAUAAAUUCGUUGUUGUCUUCAUUGAUGACAUAUUGAAGAAAGAGGUGAAGUUUCUGGGUCAUGUGGUGAGUAAGCAAGGGAUAGCAGUAGACCCAUCUAUGGUAGAGGCGGUAAUGAAUUGGGGGCAACCAACCUCAAUGACUGAGAUAAGGAGUUUUCUAGGCUUAGCUGGCUAUUACCGAAGAUUCAUCAUAGGCUUUUCACAGAUAGCUUUGCCAUUGACAAAGUUAACCCACAAAGAUGCACUAUUUGUUUGGACUCUUGAGUGUGAGGAGGGCUUUCAGGUGUUGAAGAAAAAGCUGACCACCGCGCCUGUAUUGGUGUUACCUGAGCCAAAUGAGUCAUUCGAGGUGUACUAUGAUGUCUCACUGAAGGGUCUAGGGUGCGUGCUGAUGCAGCAUCGCAAUGUGGUGGCGUAA